AUGUCCCACGAAAUAUCAUACCUGGGUCCAAGGGCCUUCAAUCAUGACCAUUCCCGCGAUGAGGUGGAAGCGGAAUACGAUCGUCUGCGGGAUUUAGCCCGCCAGGAGGCUGCGAAGCGCAAUUCAUGCUUUGAGAGGUCAAGACAAGCCUACGAGAACGGCGACGGCGCUCUGGCUAAGGAGCUCUCCGAGGAAGGCAAGGAGCAUGGCCGGAAGAUGGAGGAGUAUAACCGGCAGGCGUCCGAGUUUAUCUUCCGCGAGAACAACGCCAACGGACGAGUCCCGCCUGACACGAUCGAUCUGCAUGGGCACAUUGUCGGCAAGGGCAACCACUCCGUCAACCAUGUCCAGAAGCUCAAGCCCCGCGUGGAGCAGGUCUGUCGCGAAUUGGGAUUGCAGUAUGCGACGGAAGAAAACGCAGGUCGGAUUUAUGUCAACCUCACCGGUGGGCCAGCUGAGAUGCCGCAGCAAUCACACCAGCAGCCGCAUCAGCAGCCGCACCAGCAACCCACUGGCGGAUACCAGCCUUCUCAGCAACAAUACCCAGGACAGCAGCAGUACCAGCAGCAACAGCAGCAGGAUGAAAUCGAGCAGCUCGUCGAAAAGGUCCUGCCGCGCGUCAUGCGGAAACUGGGCGAAUGCUGUGUGGUUAUGUUGGAUUAG